AUGAAGAUGUGCGCUGACUUGUCCUCGGUGCUGUGUGUGAUCCUUGGUUGGGUCUGGGGCUUUAUCUAUCGAGAAGCUGGAAUCACUUCUGUGAGGCUUAUUGAGGAUAGUGAAAGCAAUGGCUUCCUGUUCCUGUUACCCAGCUUUGACAGCAAAACUCCAGAUCUCAUCGUACCGGCAGUGAUGAUUGCAGUGGUGGGUUUUCUGGAAACCAUCGCAGUUGGUGGAAAGAUGGCAAAUGAAAAGCGCUACAGCUAUGAUGCCAACCAAGAACUUCUGGCGUUGGGCGCUGCCAAUGUUGCUGGAGCUUUCAUGGGUGCUUUCCCCAUCACCGGUGGCUUUUCCAGGACCGCCGUGAACGCCAUGUUCGGUGCCACUUCGCCACUCAGCGGCGCCUUGACAUCGAUCGUUGUGGUCAUCGCGGUGUAUUCGCUGAUGCCUGUGGUGGAGCUGUUGCCUCUCUCAGCCUUAGCUCCGUUGAUCAUCCAUGGGGCCAUUGGUGUCACGGAUUUUAAGGCAUUCAUCCCCACCUUCAAGGGCAACAAAUUGGAUUUCCUGAUUAUGGUGGCCACCUUUCUGGUGUCUUUGGGCUUGACAGUGAAGGAAGGCCUCAUCACAGGGGUGUCACUGUCCAUUUUGAAGCUGACCUACGAAGUGGCCAUGCCCAACUUGGCAGUCUGUGGCCAAGUGGAGGAUGGAACCUUUAGAGAUGUGAGGUACUAUCCAGAGGGUCGGAUGAUGCCCAAGUGCGUCGUGGUUCGAAUGGAUGCUGGAUUGAGCUUUGCAAACACCAGACGUUUGCAGGAGUUUUGCAUGCGCGCCAUGGCUGCUGCAAGCAAAGCGGACUCAUCAGUCUCCCAUUUGAUCUUGGAUUGUAAAUCCGUCAAUGGGACGGACAUGACUGGAUGUGAAGCCAUUGAAAACCUGGCCAUUUCGCUCGAGAAGCGCAAGAAAUCCCUUGUCUUGGCCAACUUGAAAGCACCACUCACAAAGGCCAUGUUCGCAGCCGGUGUGGACAAGCAUAUUGAGGCGCACAGUGGGCAUCUUUGUUGGAACAUGGGCCAAGCUAUUGAGUUGGUGAAUGGAGGUGACCCUGCAGCAGCCAAGAAGUCUGUGCAUGAUCUCCACAGCCGGGUACAAUCAAGCGCACAGGGCAAGCAGCCAAGGUUUCAGCCUCCAGAUUUUGAAGGGGAAGAUGGCCAACUUCCACGUCCAGAUUCCCCAUGUAGCACUCCCAGGGAAGCAACGCAGGAGGCAUUGAGUGAUUGUCCAGAGGAAUUGGGACCAUUUCCGGCCAUGACUUUCGUAGAGUACAAGAGCAGAUCCUCAAACCAGUGGAUCCUGGCUAAGGUCGAGAGCUACAAUGCGGACACCCAAAGCUAUCGGCUGGAUGUUCAGCCCUAUGCACCAGCAGACAGGGUACGCGCUCGCCGUGCAGCAAAGAGGGCAGGAGCUCAAGUAGAAGAUGAAGUGCCAGCGGUUGCAUGCCGGGUUGAGACUGAGAAGGCAUCGCUUGAGUUUCAGCCCAAGUCGCCACAAGAAGAGGUGGAGAUGCUCAAAAGACGAGUCGCAGAAUUGGAAGAGGAGAAUCGACGAUUGCAUGCACAGGUGGCUCAGGAGACGGAUUUGAAGGAACGCUACCGACAGGAGCUUGAGGCCCGGCGGGGCCAGACACCCAGAUGA